CAUUGCAGUCUAAAUCAUUCUAUCGAAAUGUGCAGAGUGUAAAAAUAUUCAUCAUGCGACAAAACAUUUAUUUGUUUGUGUUUGCAAUUAUAUUGAAUACAAUUUAUUGUUUGGAUAAUAGACCUGUUAUUAUAGCAAGAGCUGGAAAUUUAGAAAUUGCUGCUGCUCCAGGUGGAGAUAUAAAGCUAAAUGUCAGAUUCGGAGGAAAAAUACUCGUUCAGGAUACGGAUAUAUCCGCAAUGAUCAAAGACAUGAGUAGUUCAUUAGAAACCCUGCAGCAAUGCAGUGUGGAUUCAAAAAACGCCCUUUCAAAAAUAUCAAAAUUCGAGGGUGAUGUUGACAGUACAAGUCUGAUGAGUCGUUUGAGCAACUUGGAAAGAUUCACGAAUAACACUAAUAGACUUGUGUUCCUAAUAUCGAGACCUAUGAGAAGACGUAUAAAUGUCAUCCAAAAACGCCUCUCUGCAUUGAUGCAAAGUCUAAACUUGAACGAAUGUAACAGUAAUCCAUGCCAACAUGGCGGGACCUGUCAAGAUUUGUACAACGCCUACAAUUGCCUAUGUCCACCAAACUGGGAGGGACCCAACUGUGAAAACGAUGUGAAUGAAUGUGAUAAGUUUAGAGGAACUGAACUCGGAUGUCAAAACGAUGCAAAAUGUGUUAAUACACCCGGAAGUUAUGAAUGUAAAUGUACUGAUGGGUGGUUUGGUAUUCAUUGCACAAAACGAACACAGGAUUGUAAUAACAGCGUUGAAGUUUGUGGGCAUGGAACAUGCAUACCUCUAGCAACAGGAUACAAAUGUCUUUGUGACCAGGGAUGGAAAACUGAUGGUACCAAACUAGCUUGCACUGUGGAUGUUAAUGAAUGUGAAGCAUACCAUCCACCAUGCUCCUCUAACCCACCAGUAAAAUGCAUAAAUCUCCCCGGUUCAUUCUAUUGCGGUCACUGCCCAGCUGGUUACACCGGAAAUGGUUUCUACUGUUCAGAUAUCAACGAGUGUGAGAUUCUUAAUGGCGGAUGCAGUAUGUACCCAAUGGUACAAUGUGUCAACGUGCCAGGUUCUAGAAUCUGCGGACGUUGUCCACCUGGUUACAACGGAAACGGAAUAACCUGCACUUUCCAAGGUGUUUGUGGAGUUGCCAAUGGUGGAUGUCAUCCAAUGGCACAAUGUCGCGACAAUCCAAGAAUUAGUAGUACUUAUGUUGAAUGCGCCUGCCCUCCGGGUUACGGCGGAAAUGGUUACGGUCCCAACGGAUGUGUAAAAGGUGGAUACGUUGACGCAUGCGCAUCGAAUCCGUGCCAAUACGGGACAUGCACAACAGUAGGAAAUGAUUACAAAUGCAAUUGUACAUCAAAGUACACAGGCACAAACUGUAACGUUCGCAAAGAUGGCUGCAAUUCAAACCCAUGUCAAAAUGGCGGACAGUGCAUUGUACUCAUAGGUCAAAUAUCAUACGCUUGCUUGUGCCUAGCUGGUUAUACGGGAUCCAACUGUGAAAAAAGCGAUAUGCAAUGUGGGCAAGCAUUGGGACCCACUGGGAAAAUGAUUUAUCCACCAGCUGAGAUGACGUUCAAUCGACAAUCACAGAUUAGCUGUGCGGUGCGCAUCAAAGCACCAUCAGCAAAAGUUCUUAACGUUACCAUACACAGUGUUUAUAUACCAGUUUGCAGUCAUAAUUACUUACAGAUUCAUGAUGGUAAAGAUACCGGAUCACCUUUAAUUGGAAGAUUUUGUGACAACAAGUUAAAAAACGCUAGUACAAUUAUUUCUACAACUGAUAUUUUGUAUUUAUGGUUGAAAGGGGAUGCUUUAGCGCCUAAACCAUUCAUGAACAUCUCAUGGACUUCAAUAGCACCAGUUUGUGGAUCUGCUUUUGAUGUAAAUGAACCUGGGACAUUUAAAUCACCUGGAUCACCUCAAGCUUAUCCCCCGAAACGUGAUUGUUACUGGAAAUUGAAAGCUCCACUUAACAAACGAAUAAAAUUCACGUUUUAUCACCUGGAUAUCGGAAACAACACAGAUUGCUCCAAAGAUUAUAUUUCUUUUAACGAAGGAUUGGAAGCAAAAGAUAAAUUUUUCUUCCAAAGAUGCAGAUCCGGUAUUAUUGAACCGGUGUUAUCACCAUCAAACGAAGUAACUGUUCACUUACACACAGUUGGAAGUUAUACUGGAUUUCUUAUUCAUUAUGCUUUAAUCGAUGGUGUGACUGGCUGUGGAGGAAUUUAUACACAUUCAACAGGUGUAAUUUCAAGCCCACAAAUUCCAGCCUCUGUUGAUUAUGAAGACGAUGAUAUCACUUGUGAAUAUAAAAUUCAACUAGGUUUCAAGUCUCGGAUGACAAUUCACUUCAAUAUGUUUAACGGCAUUGGAUCUUCUAGUUCCUGUACUAGUGAUAGCUACACAUUAGCUAUUUAUGCAAAAGAUACUUCACUUAUCGGUCGAUAUUGUGGUAAAACCAAACCACCAGAUAUAACUCUGGUUGAUUCGCAAGCAUUGAUUGUUUUUAAAGUCGAAGAAAAUGUCGGGUUUGAACUUGAAUACAAAACAGUCUGUGGUGGGACUUAUACGGCGGAAAGCGCAAUAAUCCAAUCAGAUGGUUAUCCAGACGUGAUAAGCAGUGAUGAGACUAAAGAAUGCAUCUAUAACAUUAUCAGGCCAAGCAAUACAAGAAUUCAAAUUACUUUUAACAAUUUACAAUUGGAUAACACACGGGGCUGUGAUAAUGGUUCUUUAGAAAUCAUAGAUGGUGCAAAAAAGAACCUACAGUUAGGUCUAUACUGUAGUGAAAAGCCAGAUGAUAUUUAUGCCCAAACAAAUAUAAUCGAAAUAAAAUUCAAAACUAGAAUUGGAGCUAAAAACGCAUUCAGUUUAAAUUAUAAAACCCUUGAAAAUUCAGAAUGCGGGGGAGUUAAAACUGAGAAAUUCGGCUCAAUUGAAUCACCACGUAAUCUCAACACCUAUGAAAAUGGUCUUAACUGUACCUGGCUCUUAUCAGCCCCAGCUGGAUAUCUUAUUGAAAUUAACUGGCUUUCAUUCAACUUGGAAGACAGUUAUCACUGUACCUAUGAUUACGUUCAAAUCUUUGAUAAUACCACUCUUGAUGAUCCUAGCAAAUCCACCGAAAUGGGCAAGUUCUGUGGUAAUCGGUUACCGCCAACAAUGACAACCACCUCAAAUGUAGCUACGGUGUAUUUCGAAAUUGAUUCACUCAAUAAUUACGAUGGUUUUUAUUUGACAUAUCGGUUUAUAUCAGUUUCAAACGUUUGUGGUGGUCAUUAUUUCUCCCCCAGUGGAAUAAUCAGAUCACCAAUGUUCCCACUUCCGUACCCAAACAAUAGAAACUGUAUCUGGAUCAUUACAAUCCCAUCAGGAAAACAAAUACAAUUAAACUUCACCAGCUUCAAUAUAGAAAUGUCAACUAACUGCAGAUAUGACUAUCUACAGAUUCUUAAUGGUGGGUCAAUGACGUCGCCAUUAAUAGGAAAAUAUUGCGGAUACACGCGACCUAAACAACUCUCUUCACAUACCAAUCAGUUGUACCUGCAAUUUGUUUCUGAUAAAACAAAAAGUGCGCCUGGGUUUGAAAUUCAAUGGACCACAACUGCGACAGGCUGUGGUGGGUCGUUAACUUCCCCAAGCGGGACCAUUAUUUCACCAAACUAUCCGGAACCUUACGGAAGAAACGCGGAAUGUUUUUGGAAAAUUGCUGUUUCGGGCGGAUCUAAAAUACAGGCAGUUUUCGCUGAUUUAGAUUUAGAAUAUCUCAAUGGAUGCUUCAUGGAUUAUGUCAAUUUUUACGAUGGUCCUGACACAACGAGUAAAAAUCUAGGAUCAUUCUGUAAGAUAGAUUCCCAUAGCCCAUUGGUUUUAUCUUCUGGUAAUCACUUAUCGCUAAAGUUCCAUUCGGAUAUCAAUUAUCAAGGCCGCGGUUUCCAACUACAAUAUUCUACAAUGUGUAAAACGAAUGUAUCUGGUUUUGGAGGUGUCAUAGAGAAUCCAAAUUUCCCCGACAGUGUAAGCAAGGACCAAGAAUGCGAAUGGCAGAUAAAUGUUCCCAUGGGGAAUAAAAUCAACAUAACUUUCUCGCAUUUUAAAUUAGACAAUAUACCAAGAACCAGUGGUAUCCAAUGUGAAUACGCAUAUUUAGAGAUUGGAUACAAAGAAGAAUACGUGGAAGAAAUUACAACCAUUGGUAAAUACUGCGAUGAUAAUCCACCUGACGAUGAAAUGACCAUAAAACAAAACGUAGCGAUUAUAAAAUUCCGCCAGAGUAAUCCCUACCUCAAAGCAAUAUUCAGACUAGAAUGGGCAUCAUCAGGCUGUGGAGGAUUACUAACCCGACCAGAUGGUAUAAUACAAACACCAAACUACCCUGAUUCAUACCCGUUGAAUACCCGGUGUGACUGGCACAUUCAAACUGAAUUCGGUAAAAGUGUUGAAGUCACUUUUGACCACAUCGACAUGGAAAUACAUAGAAACUGUGAUUUGGACUAUAUCCGAAUCAUUAAUGGUCCGGAUGACACCUACGCGGAAGUAGCAAGAUUCUGCCAUCCUAGUGAUAAGCCUGUAGUGUUCACAAGCACUGGUCGUGAUAUGUUUAUCACUUUCCACAGUGAUAUCAGCAAUAUCGGAAAAGGAUUUCAUGCGAAAUACAAAUGGGUGGAUACCAAAUGUGGUGGUAAACUUACAACAGCCUCGGGAUCAUUCCACAGUCCGAAUUAUCCAAACAACUAUGAUAAAAACGAUACUUGCGAGUGGUUGAUCGAUGUCCAAGAGAAUCAUCUAAUAGAACUGACGUUUGAUAGUGUAGAUUUACUCAACAUAUGCGAAGCUACUUUUAUUAAAGUGUAUGAUGGACCUACAGCAGCGUAUCCAGUGUUGAAGAAAAUCUGUGGAUCUGAAAAGUCUGUGGUUCUUGUUUCGCGAACAAAUCAUUUGUAUAUUGAAUUGGUAACACAUGCGCUUCUUACCACGAAGGGUUUCAUAGCACAUUAUUCAACAGCGUGUGGUGCUAGAAUAAAAACACAGGGAUCCGGGUUGAUUGAUUUCAAUAUGUCAACAGUUGUUACUACAAAAGUGACUAAUUGUUCUUGGACUAUUAUUGCUGAACCUCCGGAUGAACAUAUUACACUGACUUUCUCAAAAUUCCAAAAUCAAAUGUGUUAUUACGGUGCAGAAAGCUCAAUAGCGAUUUAUGAUGGAGAAAAUCACAAUGCAUCGUUGAUUGGGUCAUAUUGUGAGAAAAUGCCUGGUGUUAUACGUAGCACCGGAAAUGUACUGCAUUUAGAAAUACCGGAAAGUGCUAAUCAACAGUUUAAAUUCACUGCGGAAUAUACUGUUGUUGCAUCGGGUUGUGGUAGUACAUUCUCUGCAGAAUCCGGUGAGUUUUCCACUCCAGAUUAUCCCAAAAGUUACCCCGUAGAUAUCCAAUGUGAAUGGAUAGUUAACGCUGGUGAAGGCAACGAAGUAGAAUUGAAUUUCAAAGAUUUUGAUCUUGUACAAUCAGAUAACUGCAAUGAAGACUAUCUGGAACUACGCGAAACAAAUCGUAGUGGUCGUUUGAUCGGACAUUUCUGUGGUAAUAAUAAACCUACAAAUGUGACUGCAAAGCAAAGUCUUUGGAUUUACUUCAAAAGUGAGCGUCCUGUAAUAGGAGCAGGGAGUACAACAGCGAAAGGAUUUCUAGCUGAUUUUGUAAUUUCUACUUCUGUCGAAAUCAAAAGAGCUUCAAAUGGUACCAUUGUAUCUCCAUUGUACCCAGACUUAUACCUCUCUAGCUCAACUUAUAAAUACUUUAUAACUGUGCCUGUUGGGUAUAACAUCUACUUUGAUUUCGACGAAAUGAUGUUUGAAUAUGGCCAUGCUGAAUACUGCUAUGGGAGUACCUUGAUGAUUAUUGAUGGUUCAUUGGAGACUGAUCAAAUGUUAGAAUUAUUAUGCAGGCCAAGUCAACCGAUGAAAACAACCGGAAAUGUUGCAUUGCUAAUCUUUCAAAGCUCUUCGGGAGUUCGUGGCAGCAAGUUUAAACUGCGAUGGAAACAAAUUCAUUCCAGUAAUGGCACGAAUACAACCUGUGGUUCCGAUGAGAGUGUCCUAGUACAGAAUACAACUGUUUCAUUAACGCAUGAAUUUACACCGGGUGUAUACGGAAGGAAAAAAUGUGGAUGGAUUUAUAAUACAGUACCAGGACGACAUUUACACGUUGAGUUUGAAGAAGUUAUAUCAUCGAGUUUAUUCUGUAUCGUUGAUUCAAUCUCAUUGUAUGAUGGUAAUGGUUAUGGUAUUGGGGAGGUGCUUUCAUCACCGUUUAGAGCCAAAACUGUGGUUUGUAAUGCAUCGCAAAGUCUAAGCACGAAUAAAUCUUUUGAUACGAACGGGGAUUCGAUGAUGAUUGAACAUUCGGCGUACUUUUAUGGUCAGGCACGAAAUAAAACUUCGAAAUUUUCAUUGAAUAUAACUGAUGUUUGUGGUGGGAUGAUUAAAAAAUCGAAUGGUGUUAUAAAUGUUGAUGGGCCUCACGAACCAAAAAUUGGAAAAUUCUUAAAGUGUGAGUGGGAAAUAACUGUCCCAACAGGCAAACGCAUUUCCGUAAACAUAAUAGGUAGCUUUCCCAUAAAUAAUAACUGUGAUACGAGAGCAGUAGUACAAAAUGGACAUAGCCGUGAUUCACCGAUAAUUGUAAGACAUUGUGGUAUAGUAUCACCAAAAUCAAGUACAACGUCUACAGGAAAUAAAGUUUACAUCACUUUCAAAGGAAAUUACACAGAUUCGUUAAAAAUAAAAUUCAAAGCAGUAUCAACCACUGAAUGUGGUGGAACAAUCCAACUAACAAACGCUGAUAAUUCAGCAAUAAUUACAUCACCGAAUUAUCCAAACGCACCAAAACUAUACGCCGAGUGUAUCUGGGUAAUAUCGGUACCAAAUGGUGAAGCAAUCCGUGUGGAUUUCCUAGAAAGAUUCGAUUUACAACCGUCUAUAACAUGUAAAACCGACGGUGUUGAAAUACGAGAUGGUGCGACAGCUAAUUCACGAUUAAUCGGAACCUAUUGUAAAGAAAUGCCAGGAACAGUUAGAUCUUUACUGAAUACAAUGUAUCUACGGUAUUAUACCAAUUCAGUUGACCCUAGCAAUGGUUUCAAAGCGAAUAUAUCAAUUGCGUUCUGUGGGGGUACCAUCAGAGGACAACGAGGAAUUGUCACCUCACCAGGUUUCAAACACAAAAACAGCUACCCUACGAAUGUAACCUGUGAAUGGGAACUAUUGGCACCACAAGGUCACAAUAUGAAUAUCACUUUCGAUGUUUUCGAUAUGCCUAUUUAUGCUGAGUUGAGAAUUGUUGACAGUAUUGGAUUUAAUAACACAGAAGUGGAAUUAUAUAGUUACAACGGACAAAAACCAAGAAAUAUGAUACGUUCAGCUGGUAACAAAGUCCUAGUGAAACUUUCAACCGGAAAAUCAGCAAUAAAAGAAGGUUUUAAACUAAGUUUCGUUUCAUCCGCCGAACGUUGUGGUGGAGAAUUAACCACGCCAAGUGGUGUGAUCACCUCACCUAAUUAUCCCUCACCAUUAAAAUCAAAACAAAGUUGUGAAUGGACAAUCAUCGUGCCAAAAGGCCGCAGAGUGCGAUUAAUCUUCAAUGACAUGGAUCUAAAUCGUGCGUUGGGUAAUAGUCAAGGAAUUGCAUGUUUCAGCGGUGAUAGUUUUGCAUCCAAUGUGGUUUUCCUAACUGAUCAAGAAGAACCGAAUAGUAUUAUACGUUCCAGUGAUAACAUUAUGAAAGUAUACUUUUGGUCCUUCGGUGAGCAACAAAAUCGAGGCUUCAAAGCAAGUUACACCUCUAAUGAGCCAUCAAUUUGUGCGAAUUCGUUGACUGAAUCAAAUGGUACCAUCAAUCGACCCGCAGAGAAGACAUUCACUUGUACCUGGGAACCGAAACCAUCUUUAUCCUCAACGCAAACAUUAGCAUUUACUAUCACUACGAAAUUAACUGGGGCUGAACCAGCGUCUUGCUCAUUUGCGUUCAGUGCUGUUUUCGUGAUGCAGCGCGACGCGAACAAAGAUGGCUUCUCGUUUUACUCAGAUGUAUUACAACAGUAUUGUAAGGCUACAACGGAACCAGAUAUUGUUCGGACAUUACUACCACAUGCAAGAAUCGCCGCGAAUCAAAAGAGUAAUAAAACUCAGCUUGAUUUCACGAUAAAAUACAAAGUGUAUGAUUGUGGCGGUGAGAUAUUAAUGUCUGAUGGUGUUAUAGUCUCACCACCAGGUGACGCUGAAUGUGCCUGGCGGUUAACCGGCCAGGAAGGUGAACAAUUCACAAUCACCUUCACAGAUUUUCAUAUAGAUGAUUGUGAUGCUAGUUAUUUACUGGUUUAUAAUGGUAAAAACAUUAAAAGUCCUCUGGUUGGAAUGUAUUGUGGUAGUAUGACACCUACAACAAUACAAUCACAACGUCACUUCCUCUGGUUGGAAUACCACGGAGUCAACGGAAGUAGUUUUAAUAUAACCUAUAAAAAACAGAGCAAAAUCUGUGGCGGUAUACAUCAUAACCAACAAUCAACACUACAAACACCUUCAUAUCCUAGUAACUACGAUAAUAACGAAGAAUGCCUCUGGGAAUUACGAGCAAAGAAUGGUUAUCACAUUGAAUUAAAUUUCAUAGACAGAUUCCAACUGGAAGAAGCAGAUAAUUGCGCGAAUGAUUUUGUUUCGGUUUAUGAACGCGAGAGUGAUGAAAAGAUAGCGACCAAGUAUUGUGGCAGAACAACACCGCCAUCUUUCAAAUCAAAUGGUAAUCUACUCUAUGUGUUGUUUCGUACUAAUGAAUAUGUUACCGGAACUGGUUUCUCUGCAUCGUGGAAAUGGGCAUGCGGAGGGAAAUAUAAUGCUACAGAUACUGUACAAUAUAUUGAAAGUCCUGGAUAUCCAGAUACGUAUAGUAAAAACUUGAGAUGUGAAUAUAUUAUUUCUGCGCCAGGAAAAUUCAUUAAAGUUGCAUUCGAUGAUUUUGAUUUGGAGAAAAGUUCAUCGUGUACGUAUGAUAGACUUUUAACUGGUGCCAGUAUGCGAUCAUCGAUAUGGGUACAUAUAAAAACAACGUUUUGUGGAGAUACUAAACCGAAUGGUAUGCGGUUCUAUGGAAUGGCAAAUUUAACUUUCAUUACGGAUAGAUGGGUGAAUAAACGCGGGUUUAAACUUAACUACCAGCUGGAUACUUGUGGUGGAAAUAUUUCUGCACCUACGAUUUUAUCAGAUAGUUCUCCAAAAAGUAUGGGAUCACCGCUAGUUUAUUAUUCACCAAUGAGAAAAUGCAGUUGGAAUAUUCUAGCGCCAAGUAACAAGCGAAUAACUGUCAAAUUCCUAAAAGUUAAUGUUACGUACAACAUUUACUGCUAUUCACAAUUUGUCGCUGCUUUUGACAAUCAAGGAAACAAAAUGGCGGUGUUAUGCGGAGAUCUAACCAGUGAAUCAUUACCAACCAUACAUUCAAACAACAAUAAUGUAACACUAAAAUUCCAAUACUACAACUAUGGGAGAUCAUCCUCUUUCGAAGCAAUGAUUGAUUUUGUCUACGGACCUGAAGUAGGCUGUGGUGGUUUAAUAAAUCUCACAAACACAGCUUCAAAAACGAUUGAUUUUAAACCACCAGGGGAUAAUUACGAUUGUAUCUGGCACGUGCAGACUAGCAGUGAUUACACAAUCAAAAUAAACUUUGAUGUUGAUAAAACAAUUACAAAGUGUAAAGCAAAUGAUAAUAAUAUAUUCGCAACAAAAAGAAAAGAUUGUUGCGUGUUUUAUGAAAUGCGAGAUGGUAAUACUUCAUUAUCGGAUGAAAUAUUCAGUGGAUGUGAUUUACAGGGUACCAAUCCUGUUAGUUAUACAAGUUCGAAUGGUUUUGCACAGUUACGCAUCGUGGGCAAGAAUAAGGCAAUAAAAAUACCUAAAAUUAUUAUUUCUAGAGAGUUAUCUGUUUGUGGUCAUUUAAAUCUGUCACCGACGAAUCAAUCACAAUAUAUAUUAACUCCAAACUUCCCGAAUAAAUAUCCAGCGAAUUUACGCUGUGUUUGGAGGAUUAAAACGAAAUUUAUCAAUUCUAUACAUUUAAAAUUCGAAGAAUUCAAUUUAAAUUCAGAUCGGAAAAAUGUUACUGAAUGUAAUGCUUUAGAUCGACUUGAAAUGGUUGAUCGUGCUAAUAAAGCGUUUUAUUUAAAUUAUGACUUGGUCUGGAAGCGUAAAACAACAAAAUGGGAAAUCUCAAAGUUAGACAGUCUUUUUGGCCAACACACAUUCUGCAGUCCACUGGACAAAGGCUACGAAUUCGUCUCAAGUGAAAAUUCCUUACAGUUAACUUUCCACAGUGAUUCUAAACUACCGAAAAGUGGUAACGGAUUUAAAAUCGAAUACAAAAUCGCUGAAUGUAAUCGUAAUUACACUGGUUUAUCUGGACGUAUUGCACGUAUUUGGCAACCGGCAAAUUGCACUGCAUAUAUCACCGCCCCGCAGAAUUACACAAUCGCGUUAUUCUUCUCAAAUAAACACCAAAUCCAAGUGAGUUGCGCAAUUCGUUGGUUUGAUAUCUACGACGGAAGUAAAUCAACUACACCGGUUGUGAAACUCUGUGGCGUUCAACAAGUUCAGCCUGUGUUUUCAACAACAAAUGAAUUGGUUAUUAAAUUGACAAAUACAAAGCGUUAUGGCAUGUACACUUCGGAAAUGACUUAUAUAGCUACAGAUAAAGGUCGUGGAUGCGGUGGAGAAUUAUACAUGUACAAAGGAACAUUUACAAGUCCUUUAUAUCCAAAUCUAUCACCGAAUAAUAUUUUAUGUCGGUGGAAUAUACGUGUACCGAUGGGAUUACAAGUUGCUUUCAAUUUGAAGUGGUUUGAUAUACAAGGUAAUUGCGUUGAUAAUUACCUAAAAAUAUCAGAUCUUAAUCAACCGGAAGCAGCGUCACAGAUUUAUUGCUCAAAAGACACACCGGCUGUUUUUAUUGGAACUAGUGGCGCCUUGUCAAUUGAAUAUAAGUCAAGCCCAAGUAAUACCGGAACAGGAUGGCGUGCGGCAUUUAUGGCAAUUACUUCCGAUUUUGAUCUUGAAAAGUUUAAAACAUAAUAACUCACAUAAAAAUCGAUUAUUUUGACAUUGAAUCGAUAUAGAAAUUAACCAAUAUAACCAAAUAUGUAAGUGUAUUGCUAAUAACCUACAAUAAAAUUAAUAUUAAUAAUUAUUUAGUUAAAUAUUAAAAACUUGUACUCACAGUUGUUAAAAGUGAUCGAUUGACGUCAAACAUGUUGCACGGAGAGAAAAACGACGAAGGUGCAAGCAACAAUUUGUUUGAAAACGUCUCAAUCUAAUAAUAUAAUAAUUUUAAAUAAAGUAUUAUGUUUAUUAUGUGAAAAUACUAAGAAUAAAGUACUAACUUGUGUUUCUGCAUCA